AUGCUGGUACUGGUGUGGACUAGAUGCUGGUGUUUUUUCAUUCUGCUGGUCGCACUUUUGAGGAUGGGAGAAGUGGAGGCUAAGGUAAACUCAAUCAAAUCGGCUUUGCUGGGAGAGCCUCCGACGCCGACAACGAAUCGCUCAGCGAGCUUCCAGCCUGGAGUCAAGAAAGGCAACAAUCCUAUACAGGUAUACCCCUGCAGUACUGAUAAGGAGUGCGGUGUCGGUAGCUACUGCCACACCCCUCACCACGCCGCCUCCCGCUGCCUCAACUGCAGAAGGAGGAAGAGACGUUGCCACAGAGACAGCAUGUGCUGCCCCGGCAACCGCUGCAGCAACUAUAUUUGCGUUUCUCUCUCCGAAAGUGUCCUGUCUCCACACAUCCCAGCAUUAGAGGAGCACAACAAACUUUCAGUCAAGGGAAACGGCUGGAAAAAGAGUGGGAAAGCACAAUCAAAGCUCUCUCUCAUCAAAGGUCACGAGGGCGAUCCCUGCCUGCGCUCGUCGGACUGCUCCGACGGCCACUGCUGCGCCCGCCACUUCUGGACCAAGAUCUGCAAGCCGGUGCUGCGGCAGGGGGAGGUGUGCACCAAGCAGAGGAAGAAGGGCGCGCACAGCCUGGAGAUCUUCCAGCGCUGCGACUGCGCCAAGGGCCUCUCCUGCAAGGUCUGGAAGGACGCCACCUCCGCCUCCAAGUCCCGGCUGCACAUGUGCCAGAAGGUAUGA